AUGGACACCACACCCGUCGCGCCAAAGCCUGUGCCUCUUCAUUUAUUAGAAGAAAUUACAAAUGGUUUCUCUCGGGACCGGAAACUUGGUGGCGGCACGUAUGGAGAUGUUUACCAGUACGAUUUAAGUUCUCUAUCGGGAGAGCAUAAAGAUGGACAAAAGAUUGCCGUGAAGGUGCUUAAAGACGGUAUAGACCUUGGAGAUGAGCAGUUUGAGAAGGAGUAUCACAACCUUGCAAGUCUUCACCACAAAAAUGUUGUUCGGUUAGUAGGAUAUUGCCAUGAAACUAAGAAAGAAUGUAUGCCGUACAAUGGAAGGAUGGUUUUUGCUGAGAAGACUAAGAGGGUGCUUUGCUUCGAGUAUAUGCAUAAUGGAAGCCUUGGCAAUUUUAUUUAUGAUAAAUCUAAUAGACAUAAUUGGCGUACACGCUAUGCGAUAAUAAAGGGGAUAUGUGAGGGCUUGGAAUACCUUCAUGAGAAAUUAGAACCUUCUAUGUAUCAUUUAGAUUUAAAACCAGCCAAUGUAUUACUAGACGAGAACAUGUCAGCAAAAAUCGCAGAUUUCGGCGUGUCAAGGCUGUUCUUAGAAGAAAAAACAAGAAAGACAAACAGUGUUCUAGGAACAUUUGGGUACAUACCACCAGAGUACAUAAACGAAGGUUUGAUCUCAAUUAAGUUUGAUAUAUUCAGUUUGGGUGUCGUGAUCAUAAAGAUGAUGACCGGACGAAAGGGCUACUCCAGAAUUACUGAAAUGUCUUCCCAACAAUUCAUUGAGCAUGUACAUACGAAGUGGAUGAAUAGGCUACAAUCGAUAUCAGUGCACAGAUAUUCUGUACAAGUAAGGAGAUGUAUCGAAAUAGCUUUAAGUUGUGUGGAGGCUGAGCGACACAAAAGGCCAAGUAUUGGUGUAAUCGUCAAUACUCUUAAUAAGACGGAAUCUUGGGUCCAGAUUCCUGAUGCAUUAAGAAAUGACUUAGACUCAUCGAUUAAUCAGCUGUGCCCUUGCAUUACCACCGAUCGUAAGAUGCUGGAUAUCCUGAAAGAAAAAUUGAUCUCUUAUCAACUCCGCAUAACUGACAACAGAAGUAUGCCGCACUUAGUAACAAUAACAACCGCUUGUGAUCCGGAAGUUGGUACGUCAAAAUCUGAGCCGGUCAGACCAAGAAUCAAGAUCAUAGACUACAUGGAGGGUUUGAGCGAGGCGGCUAGCAUGGAUGCGCAUUCAACAAAGCCUUGGAUAUUGCUAGGUCAUUAUGGUGGCCAAGUCUCUGUUUGGAACCACCAGAACCAGACAAGAGUGAUGGCAUUCCACCUCAACAGUGAUGGGGAGUUUGCGGGACUGUUCCAUGUUGGGGCAGCUAAAUUCAUCGAGCCGCUGCAAGUAUUUGUGGCCCAUGAUAGUGUAGGAUUUAUCCAUGUUUAUUCUUACGAAAAAGUGGAGAAGCUGCAGAAGUUUAGAGCUCACACGGAAAACGUCACCUCACUGGCGGUUCACCCCAGUGAGCCAUUAGUGCUCUCGGCAUCUGAUGAUAACCUGAUCAAACUUUGGGACUGGGAGGCUGGCUGGCAGUGCAUAAGGACAUUCGAAGGACACUCGGACUGGGUGCUUCAAGUCAAGUUCAACCCGCAUACUGCGGGAAACACUUUUGCUAGUUGCUCAGGAGACUCCACGAUAAAGAUGUGGAACAUGGAUUCUCCUACUCCCGUCGCCUCAUUCGUGUGCGAUCAAGGAUUUGCUUUCACUCUUGAUUAUUUCUGCCACGGCGGGGCUUUGCAGUAUUUGGUUGCACGCACUGCGGUGAAGGGGAGUGCACAGAUCUUGGAUUUGCAAUCAAAUACAUGUAUUAAAAAUAUCAACAGACUCCAAAGAUAUGGUCGCAAUAUUGCUGUGGUUGAACGUCCCUCAGGUCGUCCGAUUCUGCUUACAGUGUCAGAGGACCACACUGUUGCUUUUUGUGAUUCAACAACUCACAGGUAUGAGAACAGGGUUAACUUUAAUUUGGGACUUGUCAUGGACUUUGCAUACAUUACCAUGACAAAAAGCCUCGUCGUCCUAUGUCGGAAUGGAAUUGCAAUAGUGGAAAUCAAUUAAUCUUCCACAAAGAUCCAGCUUCGAGCGAAGGUGACAGCGGUGGUUUUUGACGUUUACUCGGUACAGUACACUGUAUGAUGACAAUCUUGGUUGUCUUCGUGGAUCGUUUUGUAUCAGUCAACAUCUACAUUUUUGCAGCUAUCGCGCAUUGGAAUUUUAGUGGAUACCAUCAUCUUCUAUUUGUAUCUGCACCAAUUUUAGCGGAAGAGCUAUAUAGAGAGAGAAGAAAACAGGCGUCUCGCAUCGCCCAUGUUCCUACCCGGAAAAGGCGAACGGAAACACUGCCCAACCGCGUCCGUGCUUCCAAUUGCAGAAUGCGGUAUUCUUCAGUGAUCAGUCCGCUACAGGGCUUCAGUGUUCAGUAUUUGGGUAUGUUAUAUUGAACAACGCAGGGGCUUGAGGGUUGAACAUUGAACGCCAAUAGACGCCCUUAGCUAAAUUGAUCUCGAGGUCGAAAGUUUCUCUGUUCAACUUAUAUUUCCA